CGUCACCGCUGGCAUGGCGCGUAAGAUCGCCGCGUUGCUGCUGGUGGGCGUGGCGUCCUGCAUGGAGAUGCGGGAGACGGUAGAAAGGAUGGUCAUGGUCCGAACCACGGGCUCCGAUCUACAACCCGCCGCCACAGGAUACAUAUAUAAAAAAGAUAGCGAUGGUCCCGCUAGUGUCAUCAAAAUGGGAGAGAGCGAAGUAAUGGAACAUUUAUCUAAACUUUAUGAACAACCUGAGGCAUUUGCCGCACCUAUACCCGUAGCUGCUGGCCCCUUUUAUGCAAAAGAGGAGGACGGGAUAAAAGCAGCUUCUGGUAAAGCUGAACACGUUAUCCCUGUGGUAGAAAAACCUGACGAAGAGCACGAUCAUAUUGACGGAAUUGCUGAUGAAGAUUAUCAAAAAAUGUUCAAAGAAUACGCAGCUGAAUUCGGAAAGUACAACGACGAUUAUGCCGAUUAUUUGCAUGGGUUAGGUUAUUUCGAUCAUGAUAUUUUCCACGGUUAUGGGGGCGGAGGUGGGGAAAAAGUUGGAUCAAAAGGAUAUAAAGAUGACGGGGACAAAGGUUACAAAGGAUAUGCGGACAAACAUCAUUACGGGAAAGGAGGCGCAGGCGAUUACCAUACCGAAAAAUACGAGAGAUAUUCAAUAUCCGAGGAAAAGGGCCAUAAGAAAAGUUACGGCGAUGCCGAUGCAUAUGGAAAACAUUUCGACCAAGGCAAAGGGAGCAAAGGAGAUGACCACGGCCACAAAAAGUUAUACAGAAAAGGUGAAGAGAUCGACGGAUACCAUAAAGUCUUCGACAAAGACGAAUACAAAAAAGAUCACGACGUAUUCGAUGGCGAAGACGUCAAAGGUGGCUUCGGAGAGCACGCUGAUGGACACACUGAUCACGGAUCAAACCACGGAAAGUUCUCGAGUGGAGACGCGCAUGAAUCAGACCACAACGAGUCUGAUUUCGGAAAGAGUGGUCUCCACAAACAGUAUGCCGGAAAUGACAAUGGAGCAGAGCGAUCUUCCGAAGAAGGAGGAGAGUCCUCUCAUCAUCAAGAAGGUGGGUUCGGAGCGAAGGACGGAAAAUACAACAGCAAAAGCUACGGCUACGAGAUCAAACACUGACGCGGCUUUGUUGAAGAUAGUUGUUACAAUUUUGUUGACUUUUGGUUAUAUUUUGUAAAUAUGUGUAGUAUAAGAAAUAUAAAAGUAAGCCAUGUUUUUUCAUUUAAAUCGUUUUAUUAUUGAUGGUGGUGUAGAGAAAAAUAAUCAUCUGGAAUAUAGAAAUAUAAAAAAAGACUGAUGUUAAAAGCAAGAUUGAUAUAAUUAAAACUAUUAUGUAAUAGUAUCAACUGAAAUAAAUUUGGUAAAAGUUGAGGAUAAUGGUAGAUAGUGUAUCAUUUAAUACCUAAGUUACUUUAUGGAGUGAAACUAUAUGUAGGUAAUCAAUUAUCAUAAAUUAAUAGGAUCAAAUUUAUUAUUUAAAUCUAAAAGUAUGUCUCUUAAAUCUUAAUAAACAAUAUAAAUAUUUCAGUAAAAGUUGAUUUUAAUUGGCCAUUUAUGGAAUUAUCAUUACGUUAAUUUCGAUUUUGACUUUUGUCUUAAUUAUAUACCUCGAAGGACCAUCAUUUUGUAUGGACCCCGGCCUCACUCUGCAACAGACACGGAAUGCGUGUGGAUUUGUUCAUUCGUACUCAAAAAUGGACAAAAAACUUUUUUUAAU